UAGGAAACAAUACAUCAAGAGUGUUACUUUUCAUCAACGCCCAAAACAGCAACAAAGCUUUACCACCAGAAUUCAAAUCGUAUCCUAUUAGACUGGUUGACGAAUAUGGUGCUAAGAAAAUUCAUGCAUAACCGACGCGUUGGUUGGCCUCUCAAAGUUUUUCUGAUCUCUAGUUCCCUCCUCGCCGUUUUCACGGUUUUGCGCGUUCCGGGAAAGUUUGAUGAUAAUAUUAUUAUACAGCAGACAUCUCUUUCUUUUGGAGACUCACUUGAUUCCUUCAAAUACGAUAGAGAUGCUUCUAGCGCAUGGGAAAAAGUUCCCACGCACCGGCAAAAAGGAACCCUUCCUGACUUCAGCAAUGGGGGCGUUGUUGUCUUCUACCACGUUUAUAAAACCGGUGGAUCCACCGUUGGCAAACUUCUUCACGAAAUUGCUAAAAAGGACCAAGACAACUUCAAAGAAGAGGUCGAGCAGGACAAGGAUGAAAGGAAGCCUAAGCUGAAUAUAUAUCAGAGGGCACUGAAAAGCCCAGCUAAAAUGUUUUUCACCAUGAUUCGAAAGCACGUCGAUUGGGAAAGAGACUGCCUGAAAACGUUGGACCUGGCUUCACAGAACAAGAAGUUGCUUCUCCUGGAGCUUCACGUAGAAGAUCCCGCUCCAGAUUUUCCAUCUCUGGUGGAAUUGUCGUCCACGAUAGACAGGUGGCGUGCCGAGGCAGAUCGACGUGGGGUCGGAUUCUUCUCCUUUACGUUGGUCCGAGAGCCCGUUGCCCAUGCGCUCUCUUUCUUCAACUUUUUCCACGUGGGAAACAACUGUGGUCGCCCACCACCUUCUCGAAAUGACCACGACGCUUGGAAUCCGUUCAAACCUUUAUCAUCAACAGAAUCGAAUUUCUUGAAAUCUUAUUACGCAAACAAUCGCCAGUGUAGAAUGCUCAGUUCAGAUCCUCAAUCAACGCGUGCUGCACCCCAAGUUUUGGUGUGGAGAAAGGAUCUCAUAAAUGGGGAAGAUCUCGCUGAAUCUCGCCAACCUUGCGCCAUCGAUGAGGUACACAAUUCUUUGUUUAACUCCAUGGACUGGGUUGGAACGACAGAAAAAUUGUCAAACGAAACCCUGCCACUGCUGACGCAGAUUGUGUUAAACGACCCACGUGUAGGCAGAGAUAACAAGCCUUUCAAGGUCUUUGACAACAACCCAAACCAUAAUGUUGGAAUGAAAGCGCACGACCUGUCGAAUGAAACAAUGGCAGCCAUUCUAGAACGAACGGAACUCGAUCGGGUACUUUACGCUGAUGUAGGUCGCCAUUUCAAGUUAUCGAAUCUUGGCUGGGACUACCACAGUCCUUUAUAUGGCUAAUUUUAUCAUAAUUCAGUCGUUCGAAAGAUCUUGUAGAAGAGCCAGCGAUCUCUGUGACAAAACCACGACAUUAAAGAUAAAUCAGCUGCAUACGCGCGAUGUAACACGAAAUCAUCCGAAAGUAUUCCACACAAAGUCUCCAAAGUUGCCGCCGUCGAAAUGCACUGGAUACAUUCAAUUCAUAAAAGAAUCCUCUUCGACUGGGUCCAUCUUCCUAUGAAUGGUUGCACACAGAACAAUACGAUUUACGGAACUGCUGAUUGAUGAGGUUGAACUCCAGUGCUUCAGUCCACAAAGCAGUCUUAUCGAGUUCAAAUGACUUUGCUUCGGAACGACAUGUUCUCUUAGGAACCAAAAUUUUCUACGUUUCUUCUUGACCAGGAUAACCACAAACAAACUUUUAACCGAAUA